AUGACUUUGUUUCCCCAGGAAGUUGUGGGCAGGCAUAAUGCAUUGCCGUUCUCUUGCGCAGGGAGUAAGAGCCAAAGGCGGCAUUCAUGCUUCUCACACACCCAGGACACAAGACACAUGGAGUCUGGCGAGGCUUAUUCCCCAACCAGCCCCAGGACGUCUGGCUCAACGGUCACCAUGAAGACCGUCCUCAGCCUGAUCGCCACCUUCGUGAUAGCACAGCUUGUCGGGUCGGCCCUGUUUGGCUUGUAUCUUCACAUGAAGCUGGACAAGGUGGGAGAGGAAAUGAGUUUAGGAGAAGAUGUUCUGUUUCUCCGAAGACUGCAGAAGUGUCGGAAGCCGCAAGAAGGUGACGCAACCCUCCUGGAUUGUGCAAAGGUUUUAAAAAGCUUCCAGGAUCUACAAAGUCUGACAAGCAAGGUUCCCCAAGAGAGCUCUGUUGCCAUGCAAAAAGGUGACAAGAAGCCAUCAGCAACCAUUCACCUGGCAGGCUCAAAGGACAACAACAAAAUUUUGCAGUGGAAGAAGACCAUCUAUGCCCCAACGGAUGACACAUUUUCCUACCAAGCUGGAAAACUCACAGUUGCCAGAGGAGGACGAUAUUAUAUCUACUCCCAAGUUGCCUUUUGCACCAACCCAGAGCCCCACGUGCCAUUCAGCGUCUACAUGUACCUUAACCUGCCCUCCGAGUUUGAUAAGCUUCUCUUGAAAGGAGUGGGAACUCACAGCGGAGCGGAUGAUCUUUGCGGCCUUCAGUCAAUUCAUCUUGGGAGAGCCGUCGAACUCCAGCCGGGCCACACUAUCUUCGUAAACGUGACGGACUCUUCCAGAGUGAACUAUGACAACGGGAACACAUACUUUGGCAUGUUUGAGCUCUCUUAGGAGAAGCCAAGGUGCCGAGCUUUGUUGAACAAAGCCAUUCCCCCAUUCCCAAUUCCAAAUCAUAUUUAUAACCCACGCCAUUCUUCUUUGAUUUCUUCAAGAUGUUGUGUAUUUUAUUUUAUUUAUUAUUGAGAGGUGCCAUGUUGAUCCAGGGAGCUCAAAUGUAAUGCCGCUAACCCUGGCCACAAAAUGUGUGUGAUGUUGGUGUCGACAGUUGUGUAACGCUUUGCCCAGGUUGACAUGCCCUCUUCCUAAGCUGCUUGGGUGCUGGCACACCAAGUCUUAGGGCUGCUCUGCCUAUUGCUUCUUUCAGGCAAUACAAAUCUAAAUGCAGCUUAUAUUUCAAAGGUGCAACACAGCCAGAAUUGUGUUGGUGAUAUAUGCCUGUGUCACACAAGUAUAUGGGUUUUUUUGGACAUUGGAAAGGGAGAUUAAGUCCUUCCUUGUGCAAUAUCUGCCCACUGUAAGGCAUCUUCCAUGUACCCAGUGCCUAGUGACGAAGCAAGUGUAGGCCAUUUUGGGUGACUUUGAGGAUCCCAGAGGUCCUCCAUGUUACCCUGCUGGCAACCAGAGGUGGCAGGUGGCUACCAAGUCUGUGUGAGUGGUGAACAGGUCUUAAAGCAGAGGAUCUCAGCCUUUGAUCCUUCAGCUGUUUGGGACCUCAGCACCCAGAAGUCUUUGCCAGCAUGGCCAAUGAUGACGGAAUCUGGGAGAUGAAGUCAAAAACAUCUGGAGGACCAGAGGUUGAGAACCACUGUCUUAAAGGAACCUGAACAUGAUAUGAUGGUUUUAAUUCAACAUUUUUGAUCAAAACUUUUUAAAGGAGUCUGUUUUUUGCUCUUUGAAAUAAACUGCCUGAAAAGUUGGGAUAAUAGGUGCAUUAUGUAAUCAAUUUUAUCAGUUUUUGAAGAUGACCUAUGUGAAAUGAUCAAUAAUUAUAAUCGAUAUGACUAUCCACCUUUGGGAAUGUUUCAUGUUGGAGUUUAAGGCUGGUGAAAUAAAGUGCAUUCUCCUA